AACGAAUCGUCUAUACAUACAGAAGGAUCUUGACCAAAUCUGCCAAUGACAUGAAUAUUUCACAAAACCCAAAAAGAAAGUCUAGACUCGACUUUUGGCUAUGGCACCGUCAGAACCACCAAGUACACGAAAGCGUAUCAGAUCUCAUAUCUCAGAUGAAGUCGACGAAUUAUCCCCAUUACCUGCAAGGACACAAACAUCUGCAGCGAAACGUCGAAAGGUAGAUGCGCCUACCUCCACGCUUGGCGGUAUCUCAAAUCGAUUCAAGAAACUCCUCGGAUUGCGUGCUAAGAAGGAUACUGAAGAUAGUGCAGACGAAUUGGGCGAGGACAUCUACGACUUCAAGGUCACGGAUGAUGAGGAAGAGAGUACAAAUGUGUUAGGGAAACCUAGCGCUAGUCCGAUAGCAAAAAACAUCAAGGCAGCAAAGUCUACAGCAAAGGAAGUGAACUUAUCCGCGAAACGUGGGCGUGGGCGACCGCGGAGGAAUGAAGAUGGUAUUGGGAAAGCGAAAGCAUUAGCACAACAAGCUAUCCAAAAUGAAACUGCAAAGAACAAACAAGAUGAGGAAAUUGAAUCUAAUGACCAAGACGUUGAGUUUGUCGAGGCACCUUCGAAACGAUCUAGUGGCCGGUCGACGAGAUUAUCUGAUUCGAAGAACAAUAUUUCAGAAGCUCGAGGAAAGACCAAUGGAGUACCUGAAUCUAGCACACCCAAACGUGGCAGGCCGAAACGACUAACAGAUGAUUUGGCAGAUUUCAUGGGUGUAGUUCCAAAGGGAAUUCUGACACCUAGCAAAUCUAGGAACUCGACGAUAAGGAAAAGUGUUGCAUUUGACGAAACUGACAAGGGCUUAGAAGGCUUUAAGGACAUUCCGGUACGUUUUGGGGUUUAUGAGACAAUGCUGUUCAAGGUUGGGUAGACUUGAAAGGGUAUUCUGGUAUACUUCUUGAAGACUACAUACUAACGCGUAGUAGUCAGAGCCACGCCCUAAGAAGUCGCGGGAUAAAGCCAUAUCAUCCAAGUCUCCUACAGUCACUCACAAUGAUGAAGAAGACGAUCCUGUUUGUGAAAUUUGUACGAAACCUGACUCGAAACGCCCGAACCUAAUAUUGUUUUGCGAUGGAUGUCCCCUUGCUGUCCAUCAAAAAUGUUACAGUGUGCCAAAAAUACCUGAUGGAGAUUGGUUCUGCAAAAAAUGUCAAAGAACCAAGGUGGCGGCAGAAGCAGCGAGGGCCAACCAGAAUAACGCCCCAAACGACUCGGAUGAUGAAAUAACAUGCGCUAUUUGCAAAGGGCUGGAUUCAAAGAAACCGAACGAGAUUAUCCUAUGUGAGAAUUGUGAUUAUGCUGUUCAUCAGAUAUGUGGCGAUAUACCCAAAAAGCCUCGAGACGAAUGGCUUUGUAAGGCUUGUGUCUCCCAUGUAGAUCACGAUCUGCCUGAUGGGGAAACAGAUUUGAGCCCGAUCUCAAUUGAAGUACCCACUAUUGAGGGACUCCAAAUUCAUCUCCAAACAAUGCAACGAGUAUUACUGGAUCGACUCACAGGACAGAAACGUCUAAGGAUACACGGACAUGAAGAUGAGGUACAUAAAGUGCAUCAACUCGUCGAGCAGACAGUUUUAGCUGGCGAGGGUAACUCUAUGUUGAUUAUCGGUGCAAGAGGUUCUGGAAAAACUACCGUAAGGUUCCUUGUCCAAAAUCAAAUUUUCUAACAAAGCUAACUCAUGCAAGCUGGUCGAAUCCGUAAUUUCAGAUCUUGGGAAAGUCCACAGACAAAGUUUUCAUGUUGUCAGACUCAAUGGAUUUAUCCACACAGACGACCGCCUUGCGCUACGGGAAAUAUGGAGACAGUUGGGAAGGGAAAUGGAGAUUGAAGAUGACUCUAAUGGCAAGGUAAAGGUCCUUUGGUUUAAAAUCAUACCAGCAUUAACAUUGUAUACAGAUUAGCAAUUAUGCUGAUACGCUAGCUUCCCUUCUGGCUCUGCUUUCCCAUCCAUCAGAGAUAUCAGAAAUCGAGGCAGACCAUACUGCUAAAUCCGUUAUUUUCGUACUAGACGAAUUUGACCUUUUCACGACCUAUUCUCGACAGACUUUACUUUACAAUCUAUUUGACAUCGCACAAGCGAAGAAAGCCCCCAUCGCUGUACUUGGUCUUACCACUCGUGUGGAUGUAGUCGAGAGUCUAGAAAAAAGAGUCAAGAGUCGUUUUAGCCACCGAUAUGUACACUUAUCAUUACCUAGAAGUCUUCCGGCAUUUUGGGGGGUUUGCAAAGAGGGCCUCAUUGUUGACAGCGACGAUUAUGCCGAAGAGGGGUUUGAUCUCUCCACACCCGGACAGAGAGAAUUCCUAUCAUUUUGGCAGACAAUGAUUGAGGUAGAUUCUGUAUCUCCUUGCCUACACCGGCGCAUAGCUAAUAUAUUACUGUCAGAAACUGUAUAAUAACGACACGAAUUUCAAGCAUCAUAUCCUAUCACACUUCUACAAGUCUAAAUCGGUGCCUGCAUUUUUCAGCUCAUCCAUCCUUGCUAUUUCAACUCUUUCAAUGCAGAAUUUCCCCCUGUGUGGUCAAUCAUUCAACCUGGCCAAUAUGGCACUUUCAGCGCCGGACUCUAAACUUCACAUUCUUCAAGGUCUAUCCGAAUUAGAGCUCGCUAUGCUGAUAGCUGCUGCACGACUUGAUAUUAUCCUUGACACCGACACUUGUAAUUUUGCAAUGGCUUACGACGAGUAUAGCUCCUUAACAUCGAGGCAUAAGAUACAGACAUCGAGCACGGGUGUUACCGCUUUGGGAGGAAGUGCUAAGGUAUGGGGGAGGGACGUUGCUUUAGGAGCAUGGGAACGGUUGGUAGAGUAUGAUUUGCUCAUAUCUGCAGCUAUUGGUGCGACACAAGGAGGUGGAAUUGCAGGUCGUAUGUGGAAAGUUGAUAUUGCAUUGGAGGAAAUUCCGGGUAGUGUGGAGGGCCUCACUAGGAUUAUGCUAAAAUGGUGUAGAGAAAUAUAGACUCGGUGUCCAUUGAUCCAUUAAUGAUGGUAUAUUUG